AUGAUCGACCUUGCUGCUCGCCAUGCUGGUGAGAACUUGAAACACAAGCCUCUCCAAGCAAUCUCCAAGCUCGCCCCAUUCUCCGCCCUGAUCAUCUCCAUCAUCCUCGUCAUCUUCUUCCUUAUCCGCUUCUACAUCCUCGAGGGCUUCCUGAUCAAGUGGCUGUAUGGCCCCAUCUACACCAAUCUGAACGAGCAGAACCGCCGUGGCUUCAUCAAUCAUCACAUUGCGGGUGCCACCAAGAUCCUUAUUCUCGCAAUCGCCGCCUAUCCCUUCGUGGUCAUCACCUUUGGCAAGGAAACGUUCAGCACGCCGUUUGCUCCUCAGCUAAACUCAGUGGUCACCAUGGGAGACAUGCUCAUCGUCGUUGCUCAGAUGCUGAUUGCCAUGUACAUCUUUGAGCUGCUCUAUCGAUCCAAGCUGUCUCCCGUUGCGAUCCUGCAUCACAUCGGGACAAUCAUCAUUGGACAAUCGGCGAUUGCGAUUAGUUUGAGGCUGGCACGUGAGCCAGAUGCUGAUAUUGAGUUCAUUUUGUGCACAGUAUGGGGUGCUUUCGAUAUAGUGUCCGAAUUCUUCCCCCAUGUUGCCAUUGUUCUCUAUCGCAUCUGGCCUAAUCGUCACAAGUUUCUCAGCACGGUCUUUCUUCUCUCCUGUUUCACCACCGCAGCUGGCACCACUUGUGAGACGAUUGUGACGAUGUGGCUCUUCGGAACUCUCUGGAAUCAGUGGCAGAUAGCCUUCAAAGUGGCUACACCUCUGCUUCACAUCGCAUUCUCAGCGGCGCAGAUCCACGGCAGCAUGGUCUUCUGGCGGAUGUACAAGAAGCAGCGAAAACUUCUUCGGGAGGAAGAAGAGCGAGCCGAUUCCUUUAAGGAAGGGAAUAUUGGCAUCGCACUGCAGUCGUCCGCCGAGUCCAUGUUUCCAGAGAAUCGGUGA